UCCACUCAGCCACUCGAGCCAUGGCUUCUUGUCAAGCAGGAUGGAAUGGUCGAAGCUGCACACUGCACGUGUAUGGCCGGUCUCGGCGAAGCCUGCUCGCACAUUGGUGCACUGCUCUUCUAUUUAGAAGCAGCUUCAAAUUUUCGUGAUGGUCAGGCUUGCACUGAUAAGGAAAAUGCAUGGCUGCCUCCGUACUCAAGUACUGUGCCCUGUGCGCCACUUGCACACAUUGACUUUGCAUCAGCUACCACCAAGAAAAGGCGGCUGGAUGGACAUCGAUCAUCAUCCCCAAAGAAACCAGCCACCACUAUUGAGAGGCCUUCACAGAACGAAUGGAAGGCCUUUCUCGACAGAAUUAAGAAGGCUGGCAAAUAUUCUGCAGUGUUUGCACUGAAAAAGGACUAUUGCGAGGAGUUCAUCCUUGUGCAAGUGAAGCACUCCACUGCUCUUCUCGGACACUUGGCAAGAGACAAGCCGUUGUCAAGGGAUGCGAUGCUGGAGGAGUGCGCAAUGUUUGCCCAGGUGUCUGUAAAGGUGUGGAAGCGGCAACGAGAGGUCAGUCGGCCUCAGCAACGUGGUUCGCCUUCAGAGCAGGCCGGGUCACGGCAUCGACAGCCCACGCAGCUUGCCGAACGACCUUGACUCAGCCAUCUGUGAGCCUGGUGAAGAUCUGCUACCCUGAGGAGAGCAAGUUUUCUUCUGCUGCAACUAAUUGGGGUCUGCGCAAGGAGGACACUGCCAGGAACCAAUAUGUUGCUGAAGCAUCCAGCCAGCACAAAGAGUUUGUUUGCAACAAGUCUGGAUUGCAUAUUAGUUCACAUGAGCCCCACAUGGCAGCAAGCCCAGAUGGCCUGAUUUCUUGUGCCUGCUGCCAAGAUGGUGUUUCAUAAAUUAAGUGCCCAUAUUCAGCUGCUUG